GAUUUAUUUGGGCUCGGCGGCGGUAUGCAGACUGUGUGGUAGACAGCCUCAUAGCCUGGUUGAAGGGCAAUGUGCUUGAUGGCAUGAACCACGGAUGCCCCUGGUCCACUACCUGCGAUGGUUGUACUGAUCUCGAAGAUCUAGCUGGACUAUCAAGGUCUUUUCAAGCUGAAAAGGUCGUUGGAUAGGCCUUCUUGAAGGGUUGGUUUCUGGGGGUUGGGUCUAACCCGAUGGUUUCGACCUAAUACCGUCUGUGUUGUUUUUGGCUGAUGGAUUUGGUUGCAAUACGAUACAGUAGUUACACCUAAUGGGUGUCAGCGACUAACGGUUACAGUAGGCAUUGGCUGACGCCGAGCAGCCGCCGUUGGGCUUCGUCUCCGUGACUCACAGCCCCAACCACAGUCAAACAAACGACCACAUGGACGCUUGCGAAUUCGAGGGCACAAGCCUGCUCCAGCCGAGCACACAGCUUGAAAGUCACAAACAACCAUGGCAGAAUCCGUGGCCGAGCGAGCUGCCAAGCUCCAGCUUGACAAAGAGACGGGUGAAAUGGUUUCAAAGAAUGAGAUCAAGAGACGUCGGCAGAAGCGGGACAAGAAGAUAGCCGCCGCCUCUCGAGACAUGACGACGGUAUCGACCUCGAAACGGCCCAUUCGGGCCAGCCGUUAGCCGAUGGGAAUCCCCUAGCUUUGACGAGUCUGACCAGGACGCCAUGUUCGCGCGGGGAUUCCUUGGCGAGAUCUAAUUACAAGCUGCGGUCUUCGAAGGAAAUCACGACCCGAUUCCCUCCCGAGCCUAAUGGUAUUCACGUGACGGUUCCUUUCAUUUGAUCGAUUGUCCCCUUGGCAUUGUCGCAAAUUCACGUGGACUUUUAGCUCGG